AUGUCAUCAUCAUUGUCAUCAUCAUCGUCUCCCAGGCUGAAGUAUGUGUCUUUGGGGGUACUGGUACUUCAGACCACGUCACUGGUGCUCACAAUGCGCUACUCACGCACGCUGCAGGAAGAUGGCCCACGUUACCUGGCCUCGUCUGCAGUGGUGUCUGCUGAACUCCUAAAAAUCGUUGCAUGUGUGUGGCUCGUCUUCAUGGAACACAAUUUCAGCAUGCGGGGGCUGAAUCGAGUGCUGAAGGAGGAGAUUCUGAACAAGCCCAUGGAGACACUGAAACUGGCCAUCCCGUCUGGCAUCUACACCCUCCAAAACAACCUGCUCUACGUGGCCCUCUCCAACCUGGAUGCUGCUACCUACCAAGUCACAUAUCAGCUGAAGAUAUUGACCACAGCUUUUUUCUCUGUAUCCAUGCUGGGAAAGAAGCUUGGAGUGUACCAGUGGCUUUCUUUAGUCAUCCUGAUGGCUGGUAUUGCUCUUGUGCAGUGGCCUACAGAUUCCUUUGUCAGCAUUGAGGAAAUUCCCUUAUCUGAAGGAUCUCAGUUUAUUGGAGUUCUGGCUGUACUCGUGGCCUGCUUCUCCAGUGGCUUUGCUGGUGUUUACUUUGAGAAGAUCCUUAAAGAGACUAAACAGAGCGUCUGGGUACGCAACAUUCAGUUAGGGCUGUUUGGUUUUCUUUUUGGCCUAAUGGGAGUGUUUGUUUACGAUGGCAAGAGAGUUCAGGAGAACGGAAUGUUCCAAGGGUACAGCGGCAUCACCUUAACUGUCGUUAUUCUGCAGGCAUUAGGUGGACUGGUUAUUGCAGCCGUCAUCAAAUACGCAGACAACAUCCUGAAGGGUUUCGCUACAUCGCUGUCAAUAAUUUUUUCUACCCUCAUCUCUUACUUCUGGUUGGAGGAUUUUGAUCCAACCAGCAUAUUCUUCCUGGGAGCAGUGCUGGUCAUUGCUGCCACUUUCCUCUACGGUUACGAAGGCAAACCUUCAGCCAGCAUCAGUCGGGUGUAG